AUCAAAUUGAAGUCGUAUGAUGUGAGUUUUCGUGUGUCCACUGAGUGAGCGGAACAACAUGUACACGGACAACACCGUGCAGAAUGUUAAACAGGGAUGUUAGCUAACCUGUGAUUAGGAAGGCCCCAUGUUGUCUUCCUGCAGCUGAGCUUCAUCUACCGUGUCCAUAAUCCCCCAUCAUGGAUCCUGGGUCCACCAGCCACCCGGACCCUGCAGAUGCCCUCUUCCAGCCCAGUACAGAGUCCCUCUCAUGGGAACAUCGCCUCCAGCUCGUUGGGUUGGGCUUUGGCUUCUACACAGCAGUAUUCAUCCUGUGCCACCUCCUGUCUGCAGGGUUAUCCUGUACCUACAAGUCCCUGCUCGCUAAAGAGAAGGUUUUCUGGAAUCUGGCAGCAACACGGGCAGUAUUUGGCAUCCAGAGCACCAUAGCAGGUCUCCGGGCUCUUACUGAGGACUCUGCAUUAUUCAGAGACAGAGUUAGAGGCCAAGAAGACUGGUCAUGGUUCCAUGUUCUCACAGCCACAGGUUUCUUUGUUUUUGAGAAUGUGGCAUUUCACACCUCCAGUUUGGUAUUUUGGUCGUUUGACCUUCCACUGGCCACGCAUCAUUUUUUUGCCCUGUCAGGAUAUGCGGGGGCAGUAUUAUGGGACUCCUUGGGUCACUUCCUGCCGAUGGUUACUCUGCUCCUGGAGAUGAGUACCCCAUUCACCUGUAUAUCCUGGAUGUUACUGAAGGCUGGCUGGGCUCGCACGUUGUUUUGGAAAGCCAACCAGUGGGUGAUGAUCCACAUGUUUCACUGUCGCAUGGUGCUCACCUACUACAUGUGGUAUUUUAGCUGCACACACUGGGGAGAAAUCACCACCCAUGUUGUCCUGCCACAGCGUGUGCUCUUCUUCACUGGCCUGGCUCUGCUCACGUUCAUCAUCAACCCCAUUUGGACGCACAAGAAGACUAUGCAGCUUCUCAAUCCUGUGGACUGGAACUUUGGCAAUAAGCCGGUCCCUGUGAACGGUCCCAGGGAGAACCGGUCUGAGGGUUCUGGCAAACCACAUGCCAGCUGAAGGAUACCAAAGAGGUCAUUUCAUAUACAACUGAUGUAAUUUAUUUACUUGUUUUUCUUUUUUGAUGGUUAUAUGAAGUAAUUUCACAGAUGCACGUAAGAUGGGAGUUUUAACAUGUAUUUUUAUUAGCUUAAUUUUGUUAUUAUUAAGUAAGAUCCUUUGUUACUUGUGGCCCAAGUGCCCACAUCUGGCAAUAUCAUGCUAAACAUUUCUGCAGUGUCUUCCAUCAGGCUUUACUUUCAGGCUUAAACAGCUUAAACAUUUUAAUUUUCCACAUGGUUGGGUUUUAAUAAGUAGAUGUGGUUUUGCAUUGCAGUAGAAUGGAGCCCUGCUUGUUUGUAUCGCCUUUAGGACAAUGUUGUGAAAUAUCUACUUCACCCAUCACAUGAUUGUUUGCUUCAUGUUUUGAAAAAUGACACAAUAUUCAUGCCAGAUUUAAAACCCUGUUUAUUUUGAGGCAAAAUCAGGCUUGGACUUAGUGCUACUGAUUGUCAAGUCCAGUUGAUAUGUCACAGCUUACAAGUACAGUGCAUGUUUCAGUUUAGGAUAUGAGUAAGACUUGCUCAAUACUCAUCAAACAACCCAGUGGUUCAUAAAUACGUAGAAUGUGACUUUUGUCAUGCACAGCCAUACUGGCGCUCUGACAACUUAGCUAUUCACCUCUGAUUGGGCACGUUAGGCUGGAAAAUUGGUUAAAAGAAUUAGUUCCUUAAAGUCAGUUACUGGAGCUGUUAUCAUUGCUAGAUACUAGAGGGAUAAUUAGAUUAGUUUAUUCAUUAGUAUUUUUUAAACUGUGAAUCCCCUUUGAUUAGAGAUGUUGUAGUAGUUUUUUAAAGAAAGAAAAGGCCUAUAACUGAAUUUUCUCUAAUAGUGGAGGGAGAGCUCUGGGCUAGUCCAAUGAACAAGGGCUUUUUUGUCCAAACAGGAGGUAUAAUAUGGGCACACUAAAGCAGUACUUUUGAUUGAUUGAAUUUGAGAAGUGUUAUAAAAUAGGUAUUUAUUUCUGUUUAUUACAUUUUAAUUUCAAAUAGUCUUUUGUUUUUUUUUCCUCACAAUGACCUCAUUGUCCUGAUGUCAAGCUCCUGUAGGCUGGGAUUGUCCUUUGUACUGAGUCUAGCAUUGAACACUCUUGCCCAGUCGAGUAAAAUAAGUAUUUAUUGUUUGAGAAAGUAGCUCGAAGAUGGGACUGUAGAACUGACUGGAAUGCAAGUGCAUAUUUGUGCUCAUUACCUCCGCCAAGGAGGUUAUGUUUUUGCCAGGGUUUGUUUGUUUGUCUGUUUGUCUGUCCGUUAGUGUGCAACAUAACUCAAAAAGUUAUGGACAGAUUUGGAUGAAAUUUUCA